AUGGCAUCCAGAUUCACCCCCCACCUCCUCCGCUGCCGCCACUGGCUACAUCACCAUCACCAUCACCAUCACCAUCACCACCCCCUUUCCCUUCUCCGACACCACUUUACCACCAGCUCAACCACCGUCUUCCCUAAACCCCACCCUUUAUAUUCCCUCCUCAAAUUCCACGAACCGCCAAUCCUUGCCCAUUCCCGACAACCCUUCCUCCCUUUCAACCUCCGCUUCCUAUCCACCCGCUCCAUCCGACCGGCCCGGACGAACAAGCCUGACAUCGGGGCCCGAGCUCGCCAGCUCCAAAACCGCCGCCUUUGGACCUACGCCAUCACCUUCAGUUGCAUCGCCGGAUUUAUAGUUAUAGUACUCAAUCAAUUCCAAGAUCAGCUCGUGUUCUACAUCACCCCCACAGACGCCCUGCAAAAGUACAACUCUAAUCCUAGCAAAUCAAAAUUCCGGCUUGGCGGGUUAGUACUGGAAAACAGUGUUGCCCAAUUACCCUCCUCCCCAGAAACCCAAUUCGUAAUUACGGACCUGAUCACGGAUAUUUUGGUCAAAUACGAAGGCAGUUUGCCGGAUCUUUUCCGAGAAGGGCAUUCCGUUGUGGUGGAGGGGUUUAUUAAGCCGUUUGAUGAGGAAAUUAAGAAAAAGGAGGAGGGCAUUUUGAGGAAUAGCAAUAAGUUGGGAAUUACGGAGAAAGCAAGGGGCUUGGAGUGCUUUUUUGCGGCCACAGAGGUUUUGGCCAAGCAUGAUGAGAAGUAUAUGCCGGCUGAAGUGGCAAGUGCAAUCGAGAAGAAUAAAAAGAAGUUAAUUGAAGAGGAGAAGAGCAGAGAGGAGGCAUGGUCCAAUGCUAAACCCACCACUAAUGCUGAUGGAGCGACUGCUUAG